AAUUGAAUUGUUAUUAUUGACGGCCACUGGAUGUUUUAAUUAGUUCGAAAAAAUUGUGAGCAUUGCUGUGUACAGGCUGGUGUCAAUGUCUCCCUCACCAUGUCCAGGAGAAUGCGCGGUCUACUCUAACCGAAGACCCCUAAUGACUUUGAGUGAACGCGGCUAAAGUGCCUCAGUUGCCGGGUGGGUGUGGUAAGAGAGUGUCGCUGUCAUGUUGGGGUUAGUGAUUCGACAGGUCAAGAGCCAUCCGAGCUUAAUUCCAUUGUUUAUCUUCAUUGGAACCGGAAGUUUAGGAGCAAGCAUGUAUCUGCUGCGGCUUGCUGUCCGUAACCCUGAUGUUAGCUGGAAUCGCAAGAAUAACCCUGAGCCAUGGAAUAAGAUAGCACCCAAUGAACAGUACAAGUUCUUUGCUGUAAACAUGGACUACAGCAAACUGAAGAAGGAUCGGCCAGAUUUCUAAAUGUUGAAUGUGGACCAUUUUGUCCAGGUGGCUUUGCUAAGUCAUAAAAGAUGUCUCACAAUGAGCCCUGGGGCCAACAUUACUACUGUAUGUGUCUUAGUGCACCAUUUGGGAAUCAGAUAUAUUGUUUCACUUAUGUAUAUAUGAAAUUGAGAAUAAAUCUGGUAUGCACUA